AUGGCAGAAUUGUGGGCCAUUCCACCUCCGCCUAAGCAUUUACUUGUGCCUCAAGCUGGUGUACCUUCCAUUUAUGAGAGGCUUGCUGAUGGUUCAUACCAUAUAUUACGCCCACGCACUUACUCGAGCCGCCCUCCUAUCCCAGUUGUCACCCAUUCACCAAAGGCACUCCAGCGCAAGUUUCGUCGCCUCAGUAUGAGUGUCAUCCUCUGUACUGCGGGGUAUGACCAUACCAUCCGCUUCUGGGAAGCACUCUCUGGUAUCUGCUCGCGAACCAUCCAGCACCCCGACUCUCAGGUCAAUCGCCUGUGCAUCACUCCCGACAAGCGAUUCCUUGCCGCCGCCGGCCACAACAAUGUCAAGCUCUUCGAUAUCAAGUCUACCAACCCCAACCCGGUAAUGACCUUUGAAGGUCACACGGGCAAUAUCACAGGAGUCGCAUUUCACUGUGAAGGCAAGUGGAUGGUCACCAGCUCAGAGGAUGGAACGGUCAAAGUAUGGGAUACUCGAACCGGUAGUCUCCAGCGAAAUUAUGUUCAUCGCGCGUCAGUGAAUGACGUCGUUAUUCACCCCAACCAGGGUGAGCUGAUCAGCGGUGACCGUGCCGGUAUGGUUCGGGUCUGGGAUCUUGGUGAAAGUGUCUGCACGCACCAAUUGAUCCCAGAAGAUGACACUGCUGUUCUAAGCGUCAGCGUGGCUAGUGAUGGGUCUUUACUUUGUGCUGGAAACAAAAAGGGCAAUGUCUACAUUUGGCGCAUGGUCCAAACUGAAGAAGCGACUCGAAUUAUUCCAAUUUGCACCUUCCAAGCGCACAAGGACUACCUCACCCGUGUCCUUCUCUCACCUGAUGUUAAGCACCUGGCAACCUGCUCGGCUGAUCACACCGCCAAAGUCUGGAACCUCGACCCGGACUACGCACCUGCGAAGGUGGCCAUUAAGGAAUGGAACGAGAAGCAAGAGAAGAAGGCAGCAACGGAAGAUCAGAGUGAACCAUCCGCCGAGGCUGUUCAGGCGCAACAAGGCGCUGAAUUGAUGAAUCAGGCGCGCGACCUGCUGCGCAUCUUUGACACCCCGUCGAAAGAUCGAGAAUUACUCCGUAUCUCCGAUAAUCCUCCUCGUACCGAGACUCCUCAGCAAACCUUUACUCCGCAACCUGAUGGGCCACCUAUGGAUCCCGCAAAUAGCACAUUGUUCCUCGAGACUACCCUCGCUAAUCACCAGCGUUGGGUCUGGGAUUGUGCCUUCUCAGCUGACUCUGCGUAUCUUGUCACUGUUUCAAGUGACCACUAUGCUCGCUUGUGGGAGCUGAGCACUGGUAACAUCAUUCGCCAGUACAGUGGUCAUCACCGAGGCUCCGUUUGUGUGGCAUUGAAUGAUUACUCCGAGCCCCGCUAG